AUGGCCCUCAAGCGUCAGCCUGUUCAUGCAGAAUCUGCAGAGAUAUUGGCCUGUAAAAGUGAUACUCAAGGUGAGAAGAAAACCACGAAGUCUUUGACCACACCAUUGGUUACCGAGACAAGGGGGCAGGGCUCAGCUCAAACAUCGGGUUGUCUUCCUGCAUCCGUACGGGAAAAAUUUAUUUUCCAACAACAGAGGGCGUUCUCGGAGCCAGUAGUAUCACAGAUGCGACGGAGCAGAAAGUUUCUCUUGCUAUUUGUCAAACAAGCAAGACAAAACAACGAGGUCGGAACUUACAGUCGUAAAUCGAGUGCGCAAACGGGAGCGUCUGCCAUUCAUAGUUCUGAGAAGGCCGCAGACAACGUCCGGGUGCCGAUCUCGACGAAAACGGAUUCAAAAGCGUUGGCAGGGCAGACGAAAAGUCCUUUAUCGUCUGGAACUUCAUCGUCUCCAACAUCACCGCUUGUAACUACACCGUCUUCAAAACUUCAACCUCAUAGCAACAAGGCUCCAGGUUCGCCUCCACCUCAAAAGAGCUUCUCAGGAGGAAAUACACUGAAAUCUUCAAGCAUACACGGAGGUUCAAAGGUCUCAUCUUCUGGGACGUCCGGCAGCAAGCAAGUUGCUUCUCUGACUACUUCUAAAUCUGUUCCGACGCCUUCUCCAUCUCCUCUCUCCUCUAAAGCUGUUAAUACAGCAAAAGCAUCCUCGAGGUCAUCCAUCCAGCUUACAUGUGUCAAAGUCGAGUGA